UUCAACAUUUUCAGUGAAGGACUACCAAAGGGAUCAGGCAGUUAGGAAAUGAACAGGAUAGAAUAUUUCAUCCUGUAAUUUCUUUGAGAUUUUUCUUGCACUUCCUUACUUAGAUAUUUUGCCUGUGUGGAUGGCCAUGUGUGUGUAUUUGAUCUUGGCAGUUUAGAUAAACUGUAUGGUUUAUCUGAUUAACUUACAGUGUAAUGUUGAUGAAGCCUAUCAAAAUUUCAAGCCAUCUAUCAAGCUCCUGACAGGUUAACAGUGCAGAUAAAACCUGCACUACACUGAAGGUUUUAUCUGCAGUUCUCAAGUUAAUGCUCUACUAUGCAUUGCUAUGGGAGCCCCCAGCUAGAAGAUUUAUGUAGAAACUUAAACAGGGCGUGCCAAAGUGUGCCACUUGGUUGGAACUCAGAAAAAAAAGCUAAAAUAAGUAUUUUAUAGAAAAUGCUAAUAUUAGUGCAUCUCGUCUUAUCAUUAGUGCUAUGCUGCCUCCUCUACGCUAGUGGGCGCUGUUUCUAAAGGUAAACUUUUAAAUUCAAACAAGAUGGUGGCGCCCUGUGAGCCCCGUGCAGGACUGAAGACACGAAUCCGACAUCAAAAUAAACGAAUACAGAUAAACUAAGCGUAACAGCAUUAACACAGAUGAGCCAUGGCACCUGCAGCAAAACUAUCUAAGAAAGCUCGCAGAAAGCAGAUCCAGAGCAAGGCCUCCUUCACGUCACCCUUCAGUGCAAAAUGGAGCCCACUUUUACCCAAAGACAAGGAUUUCAUCCUGAGAACUUUAAAGGACAAAUUAAUUGCCACAGGCCUCAAGAAGGAAGAGGUGAAAAAGCCUCACCAGUGGAGGAAAACGAUGGAGAAUAAACCAGAUGCUGCUGCGGAACCUGUUCCCCAGGCGAGCGAGGAGGCGCAGGGGCCCAACCCGACCAGAAACGGCUGGACAGAUACGGCGGCCAGACGGCAGCUGGCCAUCGGCAUCAACGAGGUCACCAAGGCACUGGAGAGGAACCAGCUGCAGCUGCUGCUUGUUUGUAAGUCCGUCAGACCGCAGCUCAUGACGGACCACCUGAUCGCUCUCAGCGCGACCAGAUUCGUGCCGGCCUGCCAGGUGCCCCGCCUGAGCGAUAGCGUGGCGGAGCUGCUGGGGCUCAAAAGCGUCCUCGCUCUGGGGUUCAGACGGUGUUCGUCUGAAGACGAGGAGAUGUUCAGAGACACGGUGGAUGCCAUUACACCCAGAGUGCCCUCACUGGAAGUUGAUUGGCUGACACAUGAAGCAGCUGCAGUGCCAGCUGAUCUCACGGCUGACCUGGAGGAGGAAGAGGAGAAAGAGGAGCAGGGGAAGGAGGAGGAAGGUGGGACAAGAGCACAAAAACGGAAACUGGAGCUUGAACCUGAAAUCACAGACUCUGCCUUGUCUUGCACUCUGCUGCCUCUGAAAGUAAAGAGAAUUGUUCCAAACCCCGAUAAGAAAAGAAAAAUAAAACUGCAGAAACAGAAAUGAAAGAUCUUCACAUGUUUCUUCUCGUUUUAUUUUAUUUGCAUAUUGGUGGAACUUGAGGUUCCAGCCAUCAUAACAGCUUCAAUCGUAUCAGUUUUGAUGAAAGUUUAGCUUUCAAUUAAUUGAUCUUUUUACUGUUUUGUGAUAAAACAUUAGUUUUCAGCUGCGUCGUUGUGGUAUUUCUUCUUUCAUGAACCUUAUUUAUAAUGCUUAAAAGCUGUUCUGCAAAAUCUAAUAAAAGACCAUUCUGUUCAAGUUAA